GAGCUUCUGGGGCCCUCAGGAUUUGCUGGACCUUCCUGAGGGUUCUUCCUUGGAAUGUUUGGGUUUGGUGUGCCCCGUCUGUGACAUCAGAGCUGCUCCCAUGGGAACAGCUCCAGGGCCUGGUGUGGACACGGAGUGACCAGAGCCCACCAGGCUCAGACCACCCUGGAUUUCCAUGGAUCAGCCCCAGUAGAGGUUGGAAUGUUGGGGUUGGAUUUGGGGAGUGCUCCACACUGGGAUAUGUUUGUAUAAGUGAGGGUUGGACAGGGCCUCCAUGAGGAAUUGGGAUUUUGGGAUUUCCUCCAUUAUUUGGGAGAUUCCAGCAGUAAUUCCUGCUGGAAAUUCGGAGUUUGGUGGGAAAAUGAAACUGGAGCCGCUCCUUUUCCAGUGGGAAUCCAUCCAAAAUGAAACCCAUGAAAAAUAAUGAUGGGAGUCUUACAGAGAGGAGAGAAUUUCACUCUGAAAUUGCCGAACACACCCAAAGGUGAUGGAAUUUGGGCAGAGUUGGAUUGGAUCCAAUGGAUCAGAACAUCCUCCUGUCCUGUUCAAAGAGCAUUCCCGAUGGAAUUCCUUGAAUUCCCACCCAGCUGGAUCCAGUAAUGCCUUGCUAUGUCUUUUUUUACUUGUGCCUCCAGCUCCACAUCCGGGAGGAUUUUUCCCAGGUGGAAGGAUUAGAUCUGAUGGGAUGUCAGGGACAUCCUGAAGGACCUGGAAGAUUCAUGGAAUGAUUCCGGGGGGUUCGGAGUGCUGAACCCAGACACAGAAGCACCUGGGAGAUGGAGCAGAGCCCCAUCGUGGUGAUCCUGCUGUGUGCCCUGUGCAUUCCAGCGGCGCUUCCCUUGGAACUGGGAAUGGAGCUUCCCAUGGAACCGGGGAUGGAGAUUCCUUUGGAAAUGGGCUUGGAGCUUCCCUUGGGAUCCGGAUCAGAGCGUUCCUCGGGAUCAGGAUCAGAGCCUCCCUUGGGAUUGCACUCAAAGCUUCCCUCGGGAUCAGAGCUUCCCUCGGAAUCGAGGUCAGAGCUUCCCUUGAGACUGUACUCGAAGCUUCCUUUGAUAUUGUACUCGAAGCUUCCCUCGGGAUCGAAGCUUCCCUCGGGAUCGGGAUCAGAGCUUCCCUCGGGAGCAGGAUCUGAGCUUCCCUUGGAACCGGACUCAGAGCUUCCCUCGGGAUUGGAGCUUCCCUCGGGAGUGAGAUCAAAACUUCCCUUGGGAGCAGGAUCGGAGCUUCCCUCGGGAGCAGGCUCAGGACUUUCCUUGGGAUCAAGAUCAGAGCUUCCCUCAGGAGCAGGAUUGGAGCUUCCCUUGGAACCAGGCUCAGAACUGUUCUUGGAACCAGGCUCAGAACUGUCCUUGGAACCAGGCUCAGAACUGUCCUCGGAACCAGGAUUGGGAUCCGAUGUUCCCUUGGAACCGGGCUCGGAACUGGGAUUGGGAUCGGAUCUUCCCUUGGUGCCGGGGUCUGAGCUUCCCUCAGAAGCGAGAUCGGGAUCGGAGCUUCCCUCAGAACCAGGCUCAGAGCCUCCGUCGGGAUCGGAGCUUCCCUCAGAAGCGAGAUCGGGAUCGGCGCUUCCCUCGGAGCCUCCCUCAGAACCAGCACUGGACGUGACUCUCCCGCCAGGCGUGGAGUCCAUCCCGCUGCGGCUGAAGCCCAUGGUGCUGGUGAACUCCACGCCCUGCAGCGUCACCUGCGGGCUGGGCGUGAAGCAGGAGCGGCUGUGCGAGGUCAGCCCGGCCGGGGAGCACCGCAACUGCUCCCUGGUGCGCUCGCGCUGCCUCAGCGAUUGGAUCUGCGGCCUGCAGCACCUCAGCGUUCCCGAGGGAAAACCCCUCCAGCUCACCUGCCUCUCCCGGGACGCCGCCAGCCUGGAGGGACCCAAUUUCGGCUACACCUGGAAGUUCGCCCGGGGGCUCAUCACCACCAACGACCUCCUGUUCCAUCCCUUGAGCAAUCCCAGCCGUUCCCUGAGCUUCUCGCCGGUGCUGGAGUCGCAUUCCGGCACCUACCGCUGCGACGUGCAGGUGCUGAGCUCCUUCCAGCUCGUCAAGAGGAUCUACUUCGGCCUUAGGGUGAUCCCCAGGGAUCUGGUGAAUCUGGACUUCGAGAAAUCCCUGACUUGGGAGCAGCAGCUGGCGGCCAAAGGGUUGGAAGUGCCAGAAAACGCCACGGGGCCGCGGGGGCGCCGGGAGCGUUUUUGGGAGAAGCAGUGGUUUUCCGAGGUCGUGCUGGGAAUUGGGAGCGGGGUGAUCAUGGGGACUGUGUUUGGCCUUGGGCUCUGCUGCCUGGGCAGGAUUUGCGGGAAGAGAGCAGCACGAGAAAUGAACGGAGAUUGACGCAAUUCCCCGUCUUUGGCUCUUUGUUAGGAUCAGGAAUUCAGGGUGAGAAUCUUGGGAUCAUCCAU